AUGUGUAUUGAUUAUCGACAGCUAAACAAGGUAACCAUUAAGAACAAGUAUCUACUUCCAAGGAUUGACGACUUGUUUGAACAAUUGCAUGGUGCCAAGUAUUUCUCAAAAAUUGACCUCAGAUCUGAAUAUCAUCAGUUAAGAGUCAAGGAAAAAGAUGUUCCGAAAACACACCAUUACGAGUUCCUUGUUGUAUCUUAUGGCCUAACUAAUACACCAAUGACUCUUACGGAUCUGAUGAAUCGCGUGUUCAAACCAUUAUUGGAUAACUUUUUGAUCGUGUUCAUAGAUGAUAUUUUGGUGUAUUUUCGAUCAAAAGCCGAGCACGCAGAGCAUUUGCAAACGGUUUAA